CCUCUCCCCUCUCCCUCUCCCCCUCUCCCUCUGGAUUCUCACUUAACAAACCUGUCCCCGUCCCCCGUCCCAACAAAAAAGACAUCUGACAGCACCUUCCAAGAUCGAUGCGGCGCUAUUAACGUUUGCAAUACACACACAUAUAUAUAUGUGUGUACGUCGCUUAACAACGAGGGCAUCGCGGAAAGUGGAUGCAGUUGGGACGUUCGCCCCAAAAAAAAAAGGAGUCAGUCCCGGACGCGUCGUGCCCUUUAACGGCUGAUUCGGUGCGAAAAAAAACGAGAGCGAGCGGCCACCGGCAAUGAGGGGGGGACGACCCGUCGACCCGGACCGCGGGGUCCCGGGGGCCCGGGAGGCGCCAGAGGAGGAGGCGGCGGCGGCGGCGGUGGUGGUGGUGAACGUCGGCGGAGUGCGCCACGUGCUGUGCGGAGAGCUGCUGAGCCGCUUCCCGCGGAGCCGCCUGGCCGAGCUGCUGAGCCGCGGCGGCCGCGGGGCCGAGGCCGGGGCCGCCCCCUCCCUGUGCGACGACUACGACGCGGCCGCGGGCGAGUUCUACUUCGACCGCGACCCCGACUGCUUCAGGUGCCUGAUGGAGGCGUACCGCUGCGGGCGGAUCCACGUGAAGCGGGGGCUGUGCCCCGUGUGCUUCCGGGACGAGCUGGACUUCUGGAGGAUCGACGCGGACGCCCUGGACGAGUGCUGCCGGUGUCUGCUGAGCGAGAAGCGGGACGAGCUGGAGGAGAUCGCCGGGCGCGUGCGGCUCCUGCUGGACGGCAGAGGGGACGGCGCCGGGCGCCGCUGGGGCAGGGCCCAGCGGUUCGUGUGGCACCUGAUGGAGGAGCCCGACUCCUCGUGCCCGGCCCGAGCCGUCGCCGUCCUGUCCUUCCUGCUCGUCCUGCUCUCCUCGGCGGUGAUGUGCCUGAGCACCGUCCCCGACCUGCAGGCGAGGGACGGGGACGGGGCCCCGGUGGAGCACCCGGCCCUGGGCUCCAUCGAGACCGCCUGCAUCGGCUGGUUCACGGCGGAGUACGCCCUGCGGCUCCUCUCGGCCCCGAACAAACUCCGGUUCGCCUCGGCCUUCAUGAACGUCGUCGACCUGCUCGCCAUCUUCCCCUUCUACCUGGGCCUGGGGCUGAGCGCCGUGGGGGCCUCGGUGCUGGAGCUGACCACGGUCCAGCAGGCCACCCAGGCGCUCAGGGUCAUGCGGAUAGCGAGGGUGUUCAAGCUGGCGCGGCACUCCAGCGGUCUGCAGACCCUCACCUACGCCCUGAAGCGGAGCGUCAAGGAGUUGGGGCUCCUGCUGAUGUACUUGGCCAUCGGUAUUUUCGCCUUCUCGGCCGUCGGCUUCACCGUGGAGCAGAGCCAUCCCGAAACGCUCUUCAAGAGCAUCCCCCAGUCCUUCUGGUGGGCGAUCAUCACCAUGACCACCGUGGGCUACGGCGACGUCUACCCGAAGACCCCUCUGGGGAAGCUCAACGCGGCCGUCAGCUUUCUGUGCGGCAUCAUCGCCAUCGCGCUGCCCAUCCACCCCAUCAUCAACAACUUUGUCAGGUACUACAACAAGCAGCGGGUGUUGGAGACGGCGGCCAAACACGAGCUCGAGCUGAUGGCGCUGAACGCCGAGUGCAGCGGCCACGUCGGGGGCUCCGUCCCGAUCGCCAAACCCGACGGUGAUACCGGCGAUACGCCGCCGACGCUCACCGGUGCCUCCUCACACGGCGCACAUUGCAACGCCCGGACUCCGCUGCUGCCAGAGGACCGACUGCAUCGUGACAGACCCCAGAGCUGCGAGUAGAUCCGAUUGCAAUGCGGUUCUGGCAUUUCCACACCGGGGAUACGUGCAAUUCAGCUCCUGUUGUACAUGCACCGCAGGAACGUUAAUCGGCUCGUCUUAUUUCUCAACAUGUACUGACCGGUGCAACUGGACGGUGACCCUCUGCAUGCUUCAUACUAAAAACAUAGUAAAAACAACACAUAUGAAUGAAUGCACAUAUCGUGUGGCGACAGUAAAUCUUCACUCACCGUUUGGGACACCACUCGAUUUCCCUUUUCGAGCUUUUCGGGACAGAGAAAACUUAUGUGUAUGCCGACAAUUAAAGCAGAAGUGCUCGGAAA